CUACAUGAUGGACAACUAUUUCGAUAACUGAGACUAUAGACAAAACAGCGGUCUAUGUCGUGACUAAAUGCUAUAUGUGACAUUUCAUUAAUCACACUGCGAUGACCACAGUAUUAUUAAACCAUUUUGCUAGGUUCGAAACUAAGAUGAAAACAACUCUGGGUAGAGAGCUAAUAAGGCUGGCUGUCCACAGCGCACGUUUCGGUGACGUCACGGGCAGAUCUGUUGUCUGCUGGAGAUCGAGUACAGUCUCUGGUACAGUGUGAUAAACAAACUAAUACCUAUUGAUCGAUGGAGGACAACAGAAAUAAAGCCACAUGUGUGUUUUGUGGUCACGAAAACAGUGUUAAGAAUGAUUGUGGAAAGCUACACAUAACAAAAACAGGACAUCUUGCUGCCCAUCACAAAUGCAUGCAAUAUUCUUCAGGUUUGGGUCAGUAUAAAUCUCACCAUUUUGGUGGAUUUAAAGUACGCCAAGUAGAGCAAGAACAAAUCAGGGGAAAAAGUAUGCACUGUCGCCUUAAAAAAUGUUUGGCAAACGGCAAAACCGGUGCUACAGCUGGAUGCGCUUGGCGAUAUUGUCGAAAAUCUUAUCAUUUCUUGUGUGCCCACAGUAAAGGACUUACUUCUCGAAGACUAAGAAAAAAAAAACCAAAACAAGCAGUCAUGUAUCUUGUUUUUUGUAAACCUGAACACAAGAAAAAGUACUUAGAGAUGGAAAAAAAGAAAGGAUAUAAGAAUGAAACACAGAGUGAAAGUGAUGGAGAACAGGACAGUACAAGUAAUGAUGAUGGUGAUGAUGAUGAUGAUAGCAGCACUGAUGGAUCCACUACUUCUGAUCAAAAAUUAUUUUGCAAAUCAUCAGCUACACGUCCCAGAAAGCUAAAUAGGAAACACAGAGUUACCCACAAGUCUCCAAGCAAAAGCAAAGUGUGUCCACUGGAGGAUGAAAAUGCUCUUUCAGAAUCUGCACAGAGGUCACAAGGUAAAAUAGAUGGGAAGGAAACAUCUCCAGGUCUUUUAACUUCAUUAUCUAAUAAUAGCCCUAAAAACAUAGAGUUUGACUGUAUGAGAAAAUUAUGCAAAAAUAACUCUGAUCUACAGCCAUCAGCCACUGACGUUCUUUCAGUACAUUCGAAAUACCAACAAGACAUGAAAGAUAAUGUGGAAGAAGACUUGGUGUCACAGUCUUUAGGCACUCGCACACAAUGUCAUGUACAGAAAAGGAAAUCCAGCACACAAACAGGAGAUAAAAAAAGGACAAAAAUGAAGAAAAGAAACAGCGAACAUUCAUCCAAAAUUGAAACCAGUUCAUCCUUAAACAUGCAAUCAUUUAAAAAACGAUGUGUUAAAUCACCUCCUCAGAAAACUAAGGAAGGAGAGCAAAGAAAACUACCUUUAGUAGAGAAUGGUCAUGAAAGUACAAGAGAUGAUGAUAAAAGUGACAUAAGUGUUAUGACAGAUGAGGAUUCUAAUGAUAGCACAAGUAAUUUAUCCCUAAAAAAACUAUGUGAGACCAAGGAAACAAUUGAAAAUAACAAUUGUAGAAUAGGAUGUGUAACACUGCUUGAUAGUAGAUCUGAGGCAGUAGCUGGAUCUUCAACCUUUCCAAGUCUGCAGAGCACAAGUGUUAAUCAAAAUGAUGUUGAUCACUCCAAUGAAGAAAAGGAAGAGAUACACACCUCGCAGACAUCUGUACCUCUUCCUCCUCUGGAAUUUCUGCUUCACAGUGAUGAUUCACAAAGUUCACUUUGUUCUGCCAGCCAGGAGAAAAACUCGCCUUUGUGCGAUGUUUUGGUGGAAAAUUCCUGUCAUGGAAACCAACAGGAAACAAAGAACUGGAAGGACAGCUCUUCUGAAGAUGAAUGCCUACUUGUUUUGCCAGCCGAUGAAAGUAAAUUCAAAGCAGAAGCAGCUAGUGUGUGUCAGGAUUUAGCAAAUGACUGGGUCAUUGACAUCACACAAACGCAUAUUUGGUCUAAAGUGAGACCAGUACCAGUUCAAGAAAAACUGAUGUUGAGUUUCAUUUGUAGCAUUUUUGAAGCAGUUAGUUGUGACAGCUUGAAUGAACUGAGAAUGCUGCUCCUUGAUGCAAAGUUCAUACAAGACAAGUGUGAGGAACUCCAGGACAACAAACUGGUCCAGGUUUUGAACAUGCAGGGAAAUGCUCAUUUGAAAUUGUCUUCCGUGAAAGCUGAAAUUAAACGCAUCAAGGAUCUUGAGAACAAGAUUCUAGCUGAAAAAGAAGGAAGACUGGUGGAUUUGUGCAGCUCACAUGGUGUGAACUAUGCUGUCCUGAAGAUAAACAAGUUAACUGAUCCAGACCAUUUUAUAAGGGAUCACCUAAAGACGUUUUGCCUGCAUUUUCUGUUAAACCAAAAUUCACCAUUUGUGAUAGCCAAUCGGGAGAUAGAGCCAUGUGAUCCUCAGGAAGAAUUUUCGGUCCUGGAGAAAUGGUUCACCUCUUGUUUUCAGCAUGUUUAUAAAGUUCUUGACUAUCCAAAAGAUGAGAUAUUGUACACACUUGAUGCUAAAUCUGAUGAAUUGUAUGCUACAUUUAAAUCUAUAGUGUACAGCCGUGAAGCAUCUAAAAAUGAUGAUGAUUCCUUGCCAGUGGUUAUCUUUGUUGGCAAACUAAACAGUGAUAUCAUCAACUUUGAACAGUAUUUGGAAGCUCUAGGGGAGAAAAUACUUCCUACCUACAGGCCACGGCCAGUGAUAUGCAUAUUCCCAGUGUCUAAUUUUAGUUCAAGGCUUGCUCCUCACUCUAAGGUACCAGUUCAUUGUUGGAGUGCCUACGAUCCUGCUUUUAAACCUGUCAAUUAUAUUGUUGCUUCGUGGAAGAAGAGCUGGUUAUUAUAAACUCUAAGGCUUAAUCAGUAUGUUAAUAGUGACACUAAAGUUUUUGCUGUAGUCAGGUCAGAGAAGGAAGUCUGGAGUUUCAGACAGACUUUGAUGUCCUUUAGGAGUGGUGAGAGAUUUAGUAGCUUCCUUUUAAUUCCGGUGAAUUUAAGAUUAUGCAUUUGGGCCACAGUAAUAUAGCAAGUUCAUUUACUACGUUAGAUAGUUCGAGAUCAUUAUUGAAGGAACUUAAUGCAAGAAGGACUUGAGGCUUCUGCACAGACUCAACACUAAAGUUCACUCAGCGCUGUGUAAAAAGUGGUCAACAAAUCUAACUAGUUGCUUGGUUUCAUCAACUGUUCCGUCAGCUACUCAAGCAAACAUUUCCACAUUUCCUGUAUAAGGAGGGGAAGCGGAUAGCUGAGUGGUUAGAAUGCUGGCAUCUGAACUGAGAGCCUGAUGGUUCAAUACCUGAUUAACACAGCAAACUUACCCCAGUCAACCCAUCUGGGGGGAAUAGGUACCUGACUCCAUAGAGGGAUGGGAGACAUAAAGCAGCGAGGGAGAGGAGAUGGGCACUUGUGUAAAGCUGGCCGAGAAAAGUGAGAUCUUUAACACCUCACCCCAAAACGACCUGAAAAGGUUAGGGGAUGACUGUUACCUUUAUAAGGAGCAUGUGGCAAGGACAGGAGGAAAGUCUGGUCACCUUUGUUCAGUGUUCAAGGAAGCCAUUCUUCUUGAGAAUGUGCAGCAUAGAGCAACAAAGUUAUACAGUUUUCCCAUCUUGAGGAUGCAGAUAAACUAAGGCUGCCAAACUUAAUGUAUUGCAGUCCAACGUAUCAAGCUAAAUAAAACGAUCCAUGAUUUAUGCUGUAUCCAUAUGGAGAAAUACCUGCCUCAUAGUUUCAAAUUGCACUUGAGAUUCCAGCUUUGAAAACAGGUCUCAUGUCUUGAGGUGCACAAAAACUUGUUUGGAAUUAAUGUCAAUAUCUAGUGAACCAAAACCUGCCUAAGUUGAUUAUCCCCAUCAUUGUAUGUUUUCAAGAAUUGUUUAGAUCAGCAUUUAGCUGGCCUUUAGUUCUUGAUCAUCAUUCCUAUUUGUCCAGGUAAUUUCAGACUAAGAACUCCCCAGAAUGAAGUCCUACAAAAUUUUUAUAUCAUCAUAUAACCUUAAGGCUUUGUACAAUGCUAUAUCUAUCUACAGAGAUAUAUAUGUUAGAUAUAUGUGUGUAUAUAUAUACCCUAUUUGUAAGUCUUUAAUUUGGAGGACCUUAAUUGUUAUCAAAGUGAUGGCAGCAGAUGGAGACAAACACAGUGCUUUCCCCUUCCAAUUUAAAAAAAAUUACUGGCCUGAGUUGGCGACAUUAAAAUAGUAAAUUACCACAUUGGAUGCUACCAUACAACAGAGCAGAAACCACAACCUUUCCCUCCUACUCAUGUGCCAGUAGAUAAAUUCCUAUGAAAAAAAUGGGAGAACUCACCUACAACCAUAUACCUCUGUCCUUGAGUUCCACUAUUUUCAGUUUAACUCUGAUUUGCAUGCGAAUAUUUUUAUACUAGUCUGAGAAGUCUUGUGGCAUUUUGGUAUAAACCUGAUGUAGUAUUCAUGUGUUAUGGUAAUAAUAAUAGUUGGUUUAUAUACCUCAUCUCCCUACUUUAUGGGUGACUUUAUGUUGGUUUUUUUAAAAUCUUAAUUGGGAUAUCAUGCCUAAAGGGCUUUUUGUAGUUAAAUUUGUUAAUGACAUGUUUUAUAGCACACCAUCUCUCUGUUAGUGAGCUUGCAAUGUUUAAUGCAUAUUUCCUUUAGUGAAAAGUUUACAGCAUAUUACUGAAUUGAUUACAAGAUUGCUGCAAUGUGCUUCUUUAUAGCUUUUCCCCAGCAUGCAUUUCUGAACUAUGAGCCACCUGAAUAGGUUUCCUGGGUCUGCUUGUGCUGUCCUCCUCUCUGUACCAUGCAUUAGCUAGAGAAGUUCAGCAGAUGCUGCUUCUCCUUUUCAGGCCCCACUAUUGGCAAUUAUUUGCCCAUUUAUUUCUCUUUGAAGUGUCUCUCUACAUUUGAAGCUUUCAAGUCAUCUCUUUAUGAAUGAUUGUGUAUAAUCAAGCAUACUAUUCUGCUUAUUUCUCACUUCUUUAUCUUCAUUCAUGUGCUUAGUUCAUGCUUGGCAUGGUGCCAUCCUGGUGCUUGUGUUUCCUGUGUGUUUUACUAUUGGCUUGUUUGUAGUCUUUCAUGUGCAGUGCAUUGAGCUCAUAUUCACAAAAGGAAAUGCAGUUUACAAAUUCAAGUACAUGUAUUAUUAUUAAUGCACAAGCCAUGCAAAGAUAACAGAGGUCAUAUAAGCACAAAUAACAGUGGUCACUCAUUCACAAAUUCCAGCUUUCGGAUGGCUUAUAUACUACAUAGGAAAUGAAGAAUUCUUUCUGUUAAAUCCCACACAAUGUGAAAAAAUCAUAAUGUGCAGGCAGAAUAAAAAGACAUGGAAAAAUAUCAUGUUUGUUACUCAAUGUUUUGCAGCACUAAACAGGACUGAAUUUUAUCACUGUUUUAAUCAUUCAGUUUUGCUGAUGGAAAAUAGAAGUAAUUCAAUGAUGGGAGGAUUUGGAUUUAUUAGUGAUGGUAGAUCAAGAAGUGUUGUUUUAAUGCUGAGGAAGGAAGGCCAUUGUGGCAAUUUAUUAUUGAUAUAUACCCUUUGAGACUGGGGAAGAACAUGAGGUUGGAGAUUAUCAUAUAGGAAUUAGGACUCAAGAAUGAUAUCAUUCUGAUUUUGAGGAUUUUUUUUCAUUUCACCAGGAUAUUUGAGCAUUUCCCAUUCCUUGGUGCACAGAACUCCAAAUAAAUCUGCAUAUUCUUUCUAUAAUUGGCGAGUGUUUGAUGAAUGUAUAAGUCAUCUGCAUUGAGUGACACAUCUUUAUGAUCUUGUGUCCUGUAAUUUUCCAACAUGAAAAGGGCAUACUUAGAUUCUUAGAGAUGCUAGAUUUUUGUGAAACGAAGUGAGACCCAUUGGCUUUUUAAUUUAGCAUUAGUGAAAUAGGUGUAUGCUGGUAGACUGGACAUGGUUUCAUCUACUCUUGAACCACUGCUGCAGUGUGUGUUUUGACAUAUAGUUGCUUUGGCUUUGCUUUGCACUUUGGCUCCAUUGUUGCAUGACUAUUGAAAGCUUAAAUGUAACUAAUGUACUUGAAUAUGUUGAAUGGGCAGCAUAUCAAGGCAUUUUUUAAUUUAAAAAAAGAGAGUAUUCUUAUUGUAUGUUGUGAUUUUAUUCAAUGUGAAACCAAGGGAAUUUUGUUUCCAGAUAUAUACUGACAUUUAGCUGUCAAAAUAGAUUUGUUUUCUUUCAAAGAUAGCUUUAAUAUCUAAAUAAAAUUAGUGAUUUGCUGAAGUGAAAACAAACCAGCUAUAACUUUAUUUCUCAUCUGUUUGUUACUGAAUUAUACUUUCUUUUUGACUUUACUAUAAUAAUUGUUUUAUUUAGUUUUUAUAUUAAAAAGUGUUCCUAUGAAAUGUAACAGAAAUUUUGAUGACUUUGUGCUAUGAUGUUGCGAAGAUGGUCUUAUACAUGUUUUUUUCUUAAAGGUGAGAAUGGCUGCAUCUAUAAUUAUAUUCACCUUACAAAGAAAGCCUUGUGCUCAUUACAGCACAACACUAAAUUACUUUUUGUAUAGGCUUAUUUUUUCAGAAACUGGUUUAUUUUACAAUGCAUUAUUCCCAGCUAGGCCUGAUGGAGUAGUGAGACAGGCUGGUGGAGGAGUGUAGAUGGUGAGGGAGAUGUAGCCAGUAGUAUCAUGGUCCCGUCUCUCUGGACACGAAAUCAUAUGCAAAGUAGAGAAAGGAAAUAGAAGAAGGGUCACAGGUGCAUGCUGCGGUUGUGAAGUGAAGUCAUGCCACAAGACUUUUCCCUUUCCCUGUGUUUAUGAAGACACCACAGCUAUCACUGAGAGAGUGGAAGUGACAAAAAACAAGAACAAAAGGUGUUUUAAAGAUAGUCACUAUUGAUGUUCAGAUGUUAACUGAGAAACACAAGGAAAAUGAAAAGCUGGAUGGUGCCAGCGAAAGUGGUGGUGAUGGUGUCAAUGAAGAUGAUGGAAGCCCUUGUUAUUCCUCUAAAGUGACCAGUGAUCAUAGCAGGGUUAAAAUUCAGUUAAAAAGGACAUCAGAUAGUUGCAGAGACAUAAAACAGAACAUGGAUGAAAUAAAGACAAUAUGCUUAGGUCCUUCAAUUGCAUGGUCUGAACAAAAUCUUAUACACAUAAAACUUGAAAGUACCGAAACAAAUUGUGAAAGUAACUCAGAUAUACAGCACACAGUCAUUAAUAUGCUUCCAUCGCCAUCAAGAAGCAUGGAAGCCACAAAAGAUGAUGCAGGAGAAAUUGCUUUGUCAGAAACAUCAGGUAAUCUUAAAGGUAAGAAAAGGAAAUCUCAAACACAAGUAAGCAGCCAGAGAAAAAAGAAGAAAAGCAGCAAAAACAGAUCCAGAAUAAAAAGCAGCAGGAAGGAGUUAGAAAAAAGUAUAUUUUUUGCAGUAGAGGAUGAAUAUGAAAGUGAGAACAGUGACAUAAACAUUGAGACAGAAUCUUCUAGUGAUAGUAAUAGUGAUUUACUCACAAACGGAUCACUUUCAAAGAAUAAGAAUACAAUGAAAACACGUUUUUUGGAUAAUAUAAAUCUGGUCUCACAUGACUCUGAAGAAACCCAUUGGAAGCAAACAAGGGUGUCUCGUCAGUUUCUCAAAGACGUUGAAGAUGAUUAUCAAAAUUUAGAUCAAUCUGCAGGUAGCAGUGCCCACACAAUGCAGACUACAUCAGAACCCCAAGGGGAAGGCUCAAGUCAUGAUGGCUUUCAGAAACCUGAGGAUGUAAAGAGAGGCUGUGUUCAGAGUGUCAGCUGUCCCACACAUGAUAAGUGUCUUAUGAUUUUGGUUGCUGAUACAAGGGACUUUGAGCCAAAAGCAGAUGAAACGUGCCAGGCUCUAGCAGACCAGUUCAAAAUCGACAUCACACAAGUGUAUAUCUGGUCUAAAGUGAGACCAGUGGCUGUUGAAGAAAAGUUGGCAUUAAAGUUCGUUGCUUGCAUAUCAGAAGCAAUUAGGGGACCUCUAGAUACCCAUGGUGUAGCUUUGGAUGAAUUUAUUACCUGGUGUGAGGACAAUUUCUUACAGCUUAAUCUUUGGUAGAUUGAAAGAACUGCGGAUGCUAUUGCUGGAUGCAGAGACAAUGCAAAGCAAGUGUGAUGAACUUCAGGGAAGGAGAAAGGUUUCAAGAAAUUCAGAAAUUCAAACACCUACAACCGCAGCAGUGAAAGAGGUCACAGUACACGGUGUCAGUUGUAUUGUUCUGGAGUUAGACAACGUUACUGAUCCAUUAUAUCUUAUACGGGACUACUUGAAGAAACCUUGUCUCUUUCCAUUGCAAAAAGACAUGCCACUUGCAUUCAAGUCCCAGAGACUGCAUAAAAAUGUGCUUAAAGAAGAGUUGUCUAUCUUGAAGGGGUGGUUUACUAAUUGUCUGAAGCCCCUGUAUAAUGUGCUCCAUCAUCCAUCGGAUGAUAUUCUAUAUCUGCCUGAUGCAGAGACUGAUGAGUUGUAUGCUGUAUUUCAAUCUGAAAUAGAACAGCUCGUACCUGAUGAUGUUAUAAUUCCAUCCCCAGUGGUUGUUUUUGUUGGCAAUCUAAACUAUGAUAUUGUCAUAUUUGAAAGAUAUUUAGAGGCUGUUGGAAAUAAAAUACAUGAGGACUAUAGCCCACACCCAGUGAUCUGCAUAUUCCCAGUGUCCAACCUUAAGGCACUUUCUCUUUCCCUUUUAAAGUCACCAGUGCAUUGUUGGAGUGCCUUUGAUCCUCAGAUUAAACCUAUCAAUUACAUUGUUGCUGCAUGGGACUAACUUGUAGGAUUUGUGCUAAUGUAAAAUGAAUAGCAAUCCUGGCCUCAGUAGUUUACUGGCUGCUUUGAUUUUGUUAAAUCAAUUGACACCUCAAAACCAAAUAGCUGAGAAAAAGUGCCACAAAAUCAGCUGGUUUAAUGCUGAAUUUUUGGAAACAAAUUUAAAUAAUUCAAAAUACAUGUAAGUAGUACAGUUGAGAAUAAAUACCCCUAUCCUUUCAUUUUGCCCGUCUUUGGUUGAUGUAACUAGUUUUGUUACAGUUGUCAGUAACACACAAGAUAAAGAUCCAUUUUAUUCAAAAGUUUGUGGGUCUGAGAAAAAGGAUCUGAUGGCAUUACCUGAAAUAAUGUAUGCAUCUAAUGAUAUAUACGAAAAUGACAAUCCUUUGUGUAUUGUGCAGAUUGAUGCUAAUGAAUGUAUUAUUCAUAUAUACUGGCAGAGAGUUAUAGCAUUUAUCAGACUAUUGAUAUUUCUUGAAGGCAGCCAGUUUAAGUACACUUUUUAAUAUUUUCCAGAUGACAAUACGGUAUGUGUUACUAAUUAUGCCACUAUAACAUUCAGAAUAUGUUUUUAUCAUAGCUUUUUAGAAGCUACAUUUAUUUUUAAUCUUACUAUAACAUAAAGCAUUAAAGUUAGACUGUGUAUUAAUAUUAUUCUUACAGCAGUACAAAUAACUAAAUAUUAGGUGAUUCCUUCCCCCAGUGUCUUUUUUGUUAAAUAUGAGUUCACAUCCAUAGCAGGAACUAUUCUGAUGAUGGGAAAGGGCAAUAAUUUACAUAUUGCACCUCGGUUCAAGGACUAUUAGUCAAUCCUUUGUUUUAUGCUAUGUAGACCUAUUUUGUAUUAUUUGUCAUAUAAAUAUGGUUGAUGGUCACUUGACAAGCUUUAAGUACUUUAGAAUGUAAAACUUUGGAAAAUUUCAGCGAGAAGAAAACUUCAAAAACAGUCCAUAUACAUGCAGAUAAAUACUUUAAGGAACAAAGCUCUAUUUUUUUGUAUGUACAAUGGUAUAGUGAUUUGUAGCUUUGUAGAUAGUGUAUCAUUGUAGAGUUUGAAUUUGCUGUUUGUUUUUUCUUAUUUUUUUCAUUGUUGGUGCUUGUAAACUGAAAUGUAAUAUUGAAUUGACAUCAUUGCUGUCUUUCAUGUCCAGUUUUUUGCUCAUCAGUUGGUUUUUUUUGUUUUGUUUUUUUCAGAUGUGUUUUUUUUUCCUGUUGGCAUGUGAGUUAAGCAUAAUCUAAUAUCUUCUUGGCAAAGGAGGGAGGCUGGUCCAAGAAACCCAUCCCCUGGUUAGCUUUGCCUAAUAAAUGGCUCCAGCUAUAGCAGUCAAAACAACCUUUACAGGAUAGAGAUAGGUGACCUUCAUGAGACUGAGAAUGGGUUACUCCAGACUUGGAUAUCACACGUUCAGUAAGUUCUGCAUUAGAGUCUUCAGAAUGCCACAGUGGUACAAUGCCAAUGGCCCACUUUCUGCAGGACUGUCCAACCCACCAGAAACUAAGAAUGAUGACAUGGCCUUUCUGACACAGCAUGAAAGUAAAAUAUCUUAAGAUCUCUGUGGUAUCUACAGUGCACAACAGACUAUCAGAACCUCUUAAGAUAUUGUCUAAACAUUUAAAUAGCAAGAUUACUAUCGUUCCCCAUCUUUCAUGGUUUUCCUAAAUUGUUUGUGUAGGGCCACUUUUUUUUUUAUGUCCUUUACUGAGGGUUCCAGUUUUGGAUCAUUGAACAACUUAACCACUGUACAAAUUUAUGCAACCACUGCCAAGAGUUGAUUCGACCACAAACAUAAAGAAACUUUGAUGUUGUCUCUUUUUUUUAAUGCUUUAAAGAUAAACAAAAUAUGAUACUAGUGGUUUGGUAGUUGAGCUUUUAUGAAAUAAGAUUGAAACCUUUUUUUUAUUAUUAUUGGUUGAACAGCAUUAGAGGAUUAUAUGAUUUAAUGAUGCUGGUGUAUAGUGAUGAUUAACUUCACUGGCUGCUUGUGUCAUUGGUGACCAGAUUCAUGGUUGACCUACCCUACCUCUUCCCCUCCAGUUUUAAUGCAUCUUCUUUUAGAUUUUUUUAUUUACUUUUAUUUUUUAGGUUUGAACUCUUGUUUCAUCAUUUUUAACAAUGUAGUAGGCAACAGUGCAGACAAGUUAGGAACAUUCUCCAGUAGUUGAUAGUUGAUAAAAAUAUGCAUGUCUUUAUCUGUUAUAAAAGUAUUUCACUUAUAAAAUGUUUUAAAGUGGAACAUAUUUUACCUUCGUCAUUUACAUUAAUAAAGUAUGCAUAUAUCACAUAGACCUCCUCUGUGUAUGUGAUGUGUACUCGAUCGUUGAUCUUUUUUUGCAGCAGAAGCGAACAAAUAAAACUCGUUCUAGCCAA